AUGGACGUCUGGGUUGAUGGGACUUGGACGCCCAAGGAUGCUCAUAAGCAGAUAGUAUGGGUUGAUGAUAACCAGAGAUAUGCCAGGGGGGAAGCUUGGUCAAUUGGCAAAAUCGACAAUCUGAAUGCUCUCCUCCUUCAAAUGCAAAACCUCGUUCUAACUUCAUUACAACAGCAAUUGGGCAACCUAUUGGAAUUGCUGGACCUCAAAGGUCUACCUGCAAAAUUUCCAAAAAAGAAACUCGCUGAUGCUCUCGAAAUCGUAUUCCGACUCAUCCAUACUGUGGAUCGAAUGACUCAUUUUGUCCAGUCCAUUGCCCCGAUUGUCAUGGAUCCGCUGCACAGCUACAAGAAGAACGACCGUGAUUAUGGUGGCUUGAAAGUCUAUAGGUCCACUAGAUUGAUAAGCAACCUGAAUGACUUGAUUCAUCCACUGGUCCAGACCUUGCUCAACCAUUAUACCCUAUUCAUUCGAGCCCUCCCAAAGAAUCAUCAGAUCAGUCAUUUCGAUGAAGGCAAAUUGAUGUUCCACUCAAGAAAUCUCGUCCACGCAACAGCCAAAACCUCGAAGGCAAUUGAUCAUAUAAUCAAGUGGUUCAAGAAAUCCGAUUCCAGUAUCAUUCAGGACGACUGUUGA